UUGUAAUUUGUGUAAGUAUAGUACGUUUAAAAUUCAUGUCUAACUAUUAUCGCCAUUUUCAAAAUUAUGCGAUUUUCAAAAUAAUCAAAAAAAAAAAUUCGAAUUUGAAUUUUGUGUAACAUUGUGAUCUUAUGCAUCAAAUUUAAAGAUUAAAAAUAUAUCGCGUAAAAAAUUUUAUAGCGUCACGUAAAAAUGUCUUCUAUUUCACCAAGAAACUACCAAAUUGGAGUUUGUUUUACAUGCCAAUUGUGUAUGUAUUGUGGUUUAGACUUAACAUCAAAUAACUGUAAUUGUGAUAAAUCCAUCAAACCAACCAAAAAAAAUCGUACUAAAGAAGUAGCAAAUUUUCGAAACUUAACUUACAAGCCAGCCAUAGUACAUGAAAAAAUAAAAAACACUUUAUCAAAUAGCAAUCAAAAAUAUGGAUAUAAGCUGGAUAUAGAACUGCCGUAUAACUGUACACUUUGUUCAGCAUGUAAUAGUCAAAUUAACAGAAAUGUUAAAGCAGCUGACAAAGAAAAAAAAAAUAUUAUAGUUAUUCCUUCUUCACCAACGGAUGGUACUUCUCUACCUUCUACACCAUUACAAAUGGAAUUUAAAUUGCGCAUGUCUAUCAAACAAAAUAAACAAGUGUUGCCUUUUGUAAUAAUUAGUUUUACUUUAGAUAAUCCAAAUUUUAUUAAUUUUAGAGACAAACUUGAAUCAUAUAUUUGUGAACAAGUUGGACUAGUUUAUAGAAAUGAAUAUACUUUAGCAUAUAAAUCACAUUCAGAAAGUGGAGCUGGAACACUUUUAGGUAAUGAAGAAGCAUUUGAUGAAUUUCUAAAGGAUUAUCAAAGUAUAGUAGCGGGAAAUAAGAAAGUAGUAAUUAUUGUUAUACUUAGAGAAUUAUCAAAAAAACGUUCACAUGAGAAUGAAGUUUCAGAACAGGAAUCUAAUGAUGAAUCAGAAAAUGAAGCUUAUCAAAAUACCAAAUCUAAAAAACAAUUAAAAAAACAUAUCAAAAAACGUAUACCUAAAGAAGCUACUUUAAAUGAAAAUGAAGCAUUAGUUGGAUCAUAUGUGAUGAAAUUAAAUGAUAAGUAUAUUUGUGAGAUUCAGAAUCACAAACGUUGUUUUAUUAAAGAAGAUCGUCAUUUAUCUUUAACAAAUUUUGCAAUUAGUUUAUGGGCCAAAGAAAUUGUAAACAAAAAUGCAGAUUUGGAUACUCCUCCUAAUCAUGCUAUAUUUAGUAUGAUGCAUUCAGUAAAGAAGAACUUCAAUUUCGCAAAUAUCAGAUCAUAGCACAUCAGUUAAUUCACAAAUAUCAGAUCAUAGUUCAAUAAAAAAAAUAGUGCCGAAUAUAGAAGAUUUUCUAAAAAAUUUAGAUCAAGAAUUUGGUGAUGGUAAAUUUACUUGUUAUCUAUCUAUUUUUGAAGAACAAGAAAUUCUUGUUAAUCAACUUGCAAGAUUAUCAGAUUCUGAAUAUAUUUUAAUGGAUGUAACAAUUAUUGGACGUAGGCAAAUUUUACGUGAUGAAGCAAAAAAAUAUGAAUGAUUUUUUGUAUAUAUUUUGUUAUAAACUUAUAAUAUAAUUUGAUUAAUUUCUAAUAAAUAAAGUUAG